GACAGUGGAAAGCAGCGCUCACAGACUCAAGAUGGCAAAAGCAGACCAGCGUUUCGGACAGAGAGAUGGUUCCGACCAGAACUUCGACUACAUGUUCAAGCUCCUCAUCAUUGGCAACAGCAGUGUAGGCAAAACCAGCUUUCUGUUCCGAUACGCAGACGAUUCCUUUAGUAACUCAUUCGUCAGCACGGUGGGCAUCGAUUUUAAAGUAAAGACGGUUUACCGCAACGACAAGAGGAUCAAACUUCAAAUCUGGGACACAGCAGGUCAGGAGCGCUACAGGACCAUCACCACGGCUUACUACAGAGGCGCUAUGGGCUUUAUUCUCAUGUACGACAUCACCAAUGAGGAGUCGUUUAAUGCAGUACAGGACUGGGCGACCCAGAUAAAAACGUACUCGUGGGACAACGCGCAGGUAAUUUUAGUGGGGAAUAAAUGCGACAUGGCUGAUGAGAGGGUUAUAACUGUGGAAAAAGGCAAGCACUUGGCUGAUCAAUUAGGGUUUGAGUACUACGAGGCGAGCGCUAAGGAGAACAUCAACGUCAGGCAGGUGUUCGAGCAGCUGGUGGACAUCAUCUGUGUAAAGAUGUCCGAGCGAGUGGACACAGACCCGCCCGUAAGCACUGGCGCCAAGACCACUCGGCUUACAGACAAACCCACACAACUACCUCAAAACUGCUGCUGAUGUAGCCGGUUUACCCUGCUGUCA